UUUGUUUCUGGAUCAGCUGUAGCGAAGCUCGGACUCAGUCGGUCAGUCGUCGGGUCCUGAAUCGCUGCGAAGAUGUACGAGAAGGAAAAGGAGAAUUUGCGCCGCUUUAGCGAUUAUAUCACGAAGUUUUUACGACCGUCACUCAUCAAGAACUUCAUGACGACAUACCUCGAUAAAGAGGUGGUGGAGAGUAUUCUCUCUGCAGAGGUGAUGUCUGUGACCACAGCUGCCCAGAUGCUGCUGGACCGGAUGUAUUAUCUAGAGGAAGUGGGCUGGUUUCAGGCCUUUCUGGACAUCCUGCUCGCCUCAGAGUACACCGGACUGCACCACGCCAUUAAAGAGUGGAGCUUCCGGGAGUUAGAGGAGCUGAGCGAACACAGGAGAUAUCUCGAGAAGAUCGAACCCUCAAUCACCAAACACAUGAAGCCCAGCGAGCUGCUCGCGCACAUGUCCGGCUGUCUGAAGCCCAGAGAGUGUGAGGAGAUCCAGGCGGAGGAGAGUCAGCGCGGUCGUAUAGCUGCCAGUGAGAAGCUUGUGAUGAGUCUCCUGCGCUCAGACAGACCCAACUGGUUUAAACUGCUGAAGAUGGCGCUGGAAAACUGUGACUUAGACGAGGCUCUACAACUGCUGGAGACAAAUGGAGGAGGACAGGCUGUGAAGGCCAGCGAAUGGGACGCCGAGCCAGAGGCCAUGAUGACGACCGUGUGUUUUGAGUUCAGAGAGGAGACUGAAGACAUGCUGAUGAGCAGCAACAACACGAGUGCCUCAGAGAAACCCGCCGGGUUCAAAGGGGAAGCUGAGCGAUCAGGUGAGCGGAAGCUGAGAGAAUAUCAGAAGGAGCUGACCGCCACUGCCGACCAGGGCCAGAACACCAUCAUCUGCGCUCCCACAGGAUGUGGAAAAACUAUUGUGGCCUUGGCCAUCAGUGAAUAUCACCUGAAGCAGUUUCCCGAAAGAGCAAAGAUCGUGUUUUUGGCAACCAAGGUCGACGUUUACGAACAGCAGUACAAGCUUUUCAAGGAGCACUUUUCCAGCAAGGAUCCCAACAUCAGGGUGGCGGGGAUGUGCGGCGAUAUGGCUAUGCCUGUGUUCUUGCUCAUAGAGAAUCAUGAUAUCGUGGUGAUGACGGCUCAGAUCCUGGUGAACGCACUGCAGAGCGGCGAGGUGCCGUCUCUGGAGAUGCUGUCGCUCAUCUUAUUCGACGAGUGUCACAACACGACCGGAAAACACCCCUACAACAACAUCAUGACCCGCUACCUGGACACCAAACUCACCAGCAGCACACACUCACUGCCACAGAUUGUGGGCCUGACGGCGUCGGUCGGCAUCGGUUCAUUCAAGAGCAGCCUGGAGGCAGAGAACAACAUCUUACAGCUCUGUGCCAACCUGGACAGCAGGGUCAUCACCACGGUCAGCGAACACAAGGAUGAGCUCAAGUCAUACGUGCACACACCUCAGAAAGCUUUUUUUGAGGUUCAACAGUGCACGAGUCACCCCUUCAUCAGAAUAAUCAAAAACAUCAUGAGUAACAUCGAGCAGCUGGCGCUGAAGACCUACAACAUCGAGAGCCUGUCAAACAUCCAGAACCGAGAGUACGGCUCGCAGAAAUAUGAGCAGUGGAUCGUCUCCGUUCAGAAGAGCUGCAGACUCUUACAGAUGAAGAACGCAGAUGAGGAGAGACGCAUCUGCAGAGAACUCUACAACUACACUGAACACCUGCGGAAAUAUAACGACGCUCUGAUAAUUAAUGAAGACGCGCGGACUAAAGAUGCGCUGGAUUAUCUGGACGCGUUCUUUGAUCAGGUCCGGAACGCCGGCUACGGCGAGACUGAGAGGAAACUCACCGCGCUCUAUGACUGUCAGCGGCCGCAGUUACUGCGUCUGGCCACCGAGGGGGAGCAGAACCCUAAACUAGAUGAGCUGAGGUUCAUCCUGGAGGAGGAAUACCACAGCAACGAUCAGACACGCACCAUCAUGUUCGUUAAGACACGCGCCCUCGCAGACGCAAUGAAGAAAUGGAUUGAUGAGACCGAUUCCCUCAAGUUCCUGAACCCUGGAGUUCUGAUAGGAAAAGGACGAAAAUCCAACUUUAUUGGCUCAGGAAUGACUCUGAACAAUAAGAAAGGUAUUCUGGAAUCGUUUAAGAGCUCCGAUCAGAGUAAGAUGCUCAUCGCCACAUCGGUCGCUGAUGAAGGCAUCGAUAUCCCACAGUGUAACUUGGUUCUGAUGUAUGAGUAUGUGGGAAACGUGGUGAAGAUGGUGCAAGUUCGCGGUCGUGGUCGGGCGGAGGGCAGCCGGUGUUUCCUGAUCUCUAGUAGUAAGGAGUGCAUUGAGAAGGAGAAAAUAAACAUGUAUAAGGAGAAGAUGGUGGAGGAGGCCAUCAUCCAGCUGCAGAGCGACCCCACCAACCUCAGCAACAAGGUGGACACGCUGCAGAAGAAAGAUAAAGCCCUGAGAGAUCACAUCAGCGCCAGUCCUGAGAAACCCAAAACCCAGGGAAGCUACGAGCUCCUCUGCUACAAGUGCAAGAGGUUUGCAUGCAUGAGCGACGACAUCAGAGUCGUGCUGGGUGCUCAUCACAUUGUUCUGGAUCGCUCCAUGUUCAAGCGCUGUACAACUGUUCCCCAUAAGAACCCAAAAGCCUUCUGUGGCUUCAGUAAGAAAGAGAAGAUGCUCUGUGCCGAGUGCAAACACGACUGGGGCCUCGUCGCCUCUUACACCACCAUCCAGGAUCUGCCGCUGCUGAAGAUCGAGAGUUUCGUGGUGCAGAAUUGCGUCACUCGCAGGCAGGAUUACUUCAGAAAGUGGCGUGACGUGACGUUUGCCAUCCGCAAGUUUGACAUGACGGAGAUCACGGCUGAAAUGUGCCGGCCGAGAGACUGAGAACGGCUGGAGUUUAGCAGACUCAUUCCUCAUGUGAGAAGCAUUCACCUGUUUGUGUCUGUUGUGUGGGUUAAACAACAGCGUUGAGGAAAUUACACUAGAAUAUCAUUGAAACACGACUAAAAUUAUGACUUAAAUCAUUCUCAUCUCACUCUAAAUUCUAAAUGCAGGUGCUUUUUAAUUUUAUGAGCACUGUGUAAUACAACACUGGACAAACACAACACACACAAACAUAGAUUGUAAUGGCUGAUCACAAUUAGUCUCAUUAUUUUUUGAUGUUACUUGAGGUUUACUGCAAGUGACUUAUCUAAUAAGACACCUUUAUUGCUUUAUUUUAUGUUUUGUAUUUUAAUGUGUGUCCCUGCAGCACAAAAGCAGUCAUAAGCAGCACAGCUAUAUUUGUAGCAAUAGCCAACAAUACAUUGCAUGAGUCAAAAUUAUCCAUUUUUCUUUUAUGCCAAAAAUCAUUAGGAUAUUAAGAUCAUGUUCAAUGAAAAUAUUUUGUACAUUUCUUACCGUAAAUAUAUCAAAACUUAAUUUUUGAUCAGUAAUAUGCAUUGCUUAGAACUUAAUUUGGACAACUUUAAAGGUGAUUUUCUCAAUAUUUAGAUUUUUUUGCUCCCUCAGAUUCCAGAUUUUUUAAAUAGUUGUAUCUCAGCCAAAUAUUGACCUAUCAUAACAAACCAUACAUCAAUGGAAAAAUAAAUUGUGGUCCAGGGUCACAUAUAAUAAAAACAAAGAAAACAGUAGUAGUUGUUUUAAACUAGCAUUUUCGGUGAAAACAAUAAAAAAAGGUUAUGACUGGUUUUGUGGUCCAGGGUCACAUGUUUUAAUUUUAACUUGGACAGGGCAACUUUUCCUGGUAAAUUAAAUUGAUUAAUUAGACAUGACUUUGUGGGUUAGCCUUAAAAUAUGAGUGUAAUAACUAAUUUAGAAUAUUAAAGUAAUUAAUAAUUAAAUUAUUUGACAUUAAUGUAUCUGAUACAUUUGAUAUCAACUGGUGUUACUUGUUGAAGAUAUUUGAAAUGAAAUCAAAAUAAAACUUUAUUGA